AUGCCGAAACAUGUAAACAUAGAAGUAAUACAAUCCUCUAGGCACAGCAAUCAAACUAAAAAGUCCGUCCAUCUUGGACAAGAAACAGCUGGUGAGGUAAAUGGCAAGACAGCUGGUGAGGUAAAUGGCAAGACAGCUGGUGAGGUAAAUGGCAAGACAGCUGGUGAGGUAAAUGGCAAGACAGCUGGUGAGGUAACUGGCAAGACAGCUGGUGAGGUAACUGGCAAGACAGCUGGUGAGGUAACUGGCAAGACAGCUGGUGAGGUAACUGGCAAGACAGCUGGUGAGGUAACUGGCAAGACAGCUGGUGAGGUAAAUGGCAAGACAGCUGGUGAGGUAACUGGCAAGACAGCUGGUGAGGUAACUGGCAAGACAGCUGGUGAGGUAAAUGGCAAGACAGCUGGUGAGGCAACUGGCAAGACAGCUGGUGAGGUAAAUGGCAAGACAGCUGGUGAGGUAAAUGGCAAAACAGCUGGGGAGGUAACUGGCAAGACAGCUGGGGAGGUAACUGGCAAGACAGCUGAUGAGACAACUGGCAAGACAGCUGGUGAGGUAAAUGGCAAGACAGCUUGGAAGGUAACUGGCAAGACAGCUGGUGAGGUAACUGGCAAGACAGCUGGUGGGAUAACAGGCAAGACAGCUGGUGAGAUAACUGACAAGACAGCUGGUGAGGUAACUCGCAAGACAUGGAGGGUCUUAGGCCAAUUAGACCGAUUGCUCCAUAUUGGGCCCCACAAUUUACAUUUAGCUUAUCGCUAUUAG